AUGACUACAGGCCAGGACGAGUGCGGCAUGUGCGCGCCGCCCGCCGCCGGAGCCAGUGUGCUCCCGCACCCGCGCUACAACACCAAGGCCGCCCGGCUCCGCACCUUCAAAGACUGGCCCAAGAGCAUGAAGCAGAAGCCCGAGGAGUUCGCCGAGGCCGGCUUCUACUACACCUGCCAGAGCGACAAGACCAAGUGCUUCUACUGCGACGGAGGACUCAAGGACUGGGAGGAGGACGACGUCCCGUGGGAGCAGCACAUGCGUUGGUUCGACCGGUGCGCGUACGUUCAGCUCGUCAAGGGAGAAGAUUACGUCCAGAAGGUCAUAUCGAAGGCGUGCGUCAUCCCCAAAACGGUACCCGAUUGUGAAAACUAA